GGGCAGGGCGGGGCGGGCGCGUCUGCACGGAACCAUAGGUGUGUGUCUAAUGCCAGAGACAGCGGGAUAGAUCUGUCCUGUUGCACGUUCCCGUGUGGGCACAGGGGAGGGAGGAGGAGCCGGGCGCCGUGUCCGCCGUGUGCCGACGGCGUGUCCGCGGGAGCCCGUGGGUGCCCAUAUGGUCGCGCCGCUCUGCUUUCCUCGAGCUGUUUGAAAAAAGUCUUCAGCCAUGGAUGUGUUCAUGAAAGGGCUUUCCAAGGCAAAGGAGGGAGUCGUAGCAGCAGCAGAAAAAACCAAGCAGGGUGUGGCAGAGGCAGCAGGAAAGACGAAAGAGGGAGUCCUCUAUGUGGGUUCCAGGACCAAGGAAGGAGUUGUUCAUGGUGUUACAACAGUGGCUGAGAAGACCAAAGAGCAGGUGUCCAAUGUUGGGGGAGCUGUGGUGACAGGAGUGACGGCGGUGGCACAAAAGACCGUGGAAGGAGCAGGGAACAUCGCUGCAGCCACUGGCUUGGUGAAGAAGGACCAGUUGGCCAAACAGAAUGAAGAAGGUUUCCUGCAGGAGGGAAUGGUGAAUAAUACAGGUGUUGCUGUGGAUCCUGAGAACGAGGCUUACGAAAUGCCUCCAGAGGAAGAGUAUCAAGACUAUGAACCUGAAGCAUGAGAGUUCUUUCCUUUCUAUCACCUGAAAUCUACUAACUACUAAAGACGUCCCAUCCUGUACGAGUGCUGAGUUCCAAUUGUGCCCAGUUGUUCAAUUUUUUUACAGUUUUUACAGUGUAUUUUUGAAGUCUUCCAUCAGCAAUGAUUGGAUUAUCUGUGACUGCAUCCACCUUGUUUCAGCAUUUCCCUCCUGCUGAAAUGAAAGCCGGUUGGCAGGGUCAUUGUUGUGCUGUGGAUAUUGUGGCUUCAAGUUUAAAAGUUAAAAAAGAAAAUAUUAAAUAAAAAACACCUAAGUGUCUACUGCUUAUUUCUAAUUCUGUACAUGUUUUGUUGAUAGGCCGUCAGUAAUUUGAUAUCGUUUGAUACAGUUUUUGUUUCCUAUGACUAUUCUUUCUGUGCAGAGAUGACUUAUUGUGAGAGCUUUAUAUAUAUGUGUAUGUAUUAUACAUAUAAAAAAAGUAAUUGAGCAUGAACUAUGCACCUAUAAAUAUUAGCUGUUGAAAUUUUAUUGUUUUGUGAUGUGUUUUAUUAACUUGUGUCUGUAAAUAAUGGUGUUCAACUGAAGCAAAUAAAAUGUAACCAUUAAAAAUUAA